CACAUAGAUUCUAAACUCAAUCCGACCAAUCUCCCUCACCCAGCCUCUAGUGGAUCUCCAGCACAGCCGAAGAAUCAGACGUGACCAGGACCACUUCCAUUUCACCGGGGCAAAACAUCACAUAGGUGCAAGUGUCUUGUUUUUUUAAACCUAGAAAGCGUUUAAGAUGUCUCUGCGGACGGCGGCUCUGAGUGUCACCCUCCUGCUGCUGGUGCUCUCAGAGGUCUGGGCACAGAACCCAAGGAAGAGGAUGGCACCACCCAAGCCUCCGAAGGCACAGUGCUGCGAUGAGGUCCGCUCCCUGAAGGUGCAAGUGGCCAACCUGACCAGCCUACUCGAGGAGUUGAACCGCAAACAGGAGACAGACAUGAUGAACGUGGUGAGGCAAAUGAUGGAGCUGGACAAGCAGAACCGGCAGCAAGAGGCCCGUGUCACCGAGGCCGAAAGCAAGUAUUCAGAGAUCAACAACCGAGUGGAGAUCAUGCAGCUGCAAGCCUCCCAGUCCGUCACCCAAUCCUCAUCAGAUGCCAUCUAUGAUUGCGCUUCCCUAUACAACAAGAACUACAAGAUCUCUGGGGAGUACAAACUGCCUGCAGACGAAUUCCUUGGGACACCCGAACUCGAUGUUUUCUGUGACAUGGAAAGCAAUGGUGGUGGAUGGACACUCAUCCAGAGACGCAAAGUGGGCCUGACCUCCUUCAACCGUGACUGGAAACAGUACAAGAACGGCUUUGGCACCAUUCGUGGAGAUUUCUGGCUGGGCAAUGACAACCUCUUUCGUAUGACAAGGCAGCCCAGCACCCUGAGGAUAGAGAUGGAGGACUGGGAAGGCGAGACACGCUAUGCAGAGUACAGCUACUUCACAGUGAAAAAUGAGUUAAAUAGCUUCAAACUCUUAAUCGCCAACUACAGUGGAAAUGCUGGGGACUCUCUGCGCUACCAUAACAACACCAACUUCAGCACCAAGGGCAAAGACAACGACAAAUGUGUGGACGACUGUGCUUCACUACGCAAAGGUGGUUACUGGUACAACUGUUGCACUGACUCCAACUUGAAUGGUGUGUUCUAUCGUUACGGCAACCACGGCAAGAACACAGAUGGCAUCACUUGGUACGGCUGGCAUGGGCCCAAUUACUCCCUCAAAAGAGUGGAGAUGAAGAUCAGGCCACAAAAUUUUAAAUCAUAAAUGCGUCCGACUUCAAACCCCGAAUGAUGUGCAUGCUUGCAGAGAGAUUGAGGGAAAAAAAACCUGAGCACCCAAAGUAUCUUUCCCCCCCAAGUUGGGAAAAGAACUGGAUAUAUUUCUAUGGGUUGAAUGUGUAAAGUUUUUAACAUUGUAAAUUGUUGUUCAUGUUGUAUUUAUCGUUGAAAUAUUUUAUUUUCUUAAAAGCUUAACAAAAUCCUCUUUACCACUGUUCAGUAAAGUAAACUGAAUGUUGCUUCCCUCUUUCAUUUCACUCAAAGAAAUAGAGUUUAUUUAUCGUUCAUAACCCAAGCUGUCUGCUAGCCCAUGGUUAGGUUUAUUGUAUUGGGCUGGUAUGACAAUGCAAAAAAAGAAAAUGAAGAUCCAUUGAGUGUUUUGCAAUGGGCCUUUGUGACCUACUAGAAUGGGAAAGACCACCCACUACACUUUCACCAGAAGUACCUGAAAUAUUUUAUUGUGAAAAUUGUUUUCUUUCUAAAAACAUGUUUUGUGGGAAA